GAGAUCCCUCCUUGGUGGGAGCCUUUCCCUGCGAGCCCAAAAUCUUCCGAUCUGGGUGACAGCUGUAUUUUCCUUCCACCUUUUUGUAACGCUAUUUCCAUUGCAUUAGUCCUUCUGAUCGCUACACCCCCAUAGGAAAUCUGGACACACCCGUCCUGUUUAAACAUUAUGAGACUCUUGUUUUCUAUUUUCUGUGAAAGAGUGAUCUUCAACUGCACACAGUAUAGGUAAACUGGGUAGGAACUCAGCAGUGAGAAAUGUAAGCUCUGGAACAGAGGAUGAUUUUCUUUGGUUUUCACAGGGGCAAAGAAUAAAGAGCACAAAACUAUAUGCUCUGUUAAAAUUAUGUCCCUUGAGUGUGCUGUGGGGCUUGAGGUCAUGCAGGCAAACAGCUUCAGGGUGCAUGCAGCUUGCCUGCUCCAUGGAAGGGGCAUCAAUGGAGAGUAUAGAACAGCCUCUUCUCCCUUGGAUAGUUUUCUUCAUAAUGAAUGAACUUGCUUCCAACAGAUGUCAGAGUUUAAGUUAUGCAAGUCCAGCCUGGGCUCUGCAAGAGGCUCUCCACAGGCAGAGCUUUGGAAUGCAACCUGGUUUAUAGAUCCUUUUAGGCCGUUAGGCAUAAACAUUACAGGCUUAUAAAGGCAGCUGAUCUUUCAGUGAGUGGAGGAGAAAGAGGUGACAACCUCAAGUAUAGAAUAUUGGAAGCUGCAUCUAACCAUUGCUUUGGUCAGCAGCAUUUGUCCAUGGGAAGACUGGGACGUGAAGUUGGCGGACUUAGAGUUGCUGCUGGGGAGCCAGUAUAACAGCUGCUUUAGGGAGUGAAAGUGGUGUAAUGCAAAGAACAGGGCAGGAAGUCUUACUUCUCAUGUUCCCCUAGCAAAACCCACGUACGCCAUUUGAAACAAAAUUUCCUAGAACUAGAAAGAGCAGGAGAUGGGAGAUAGCUGUAGUCCCCUGGUUCUUCCGUAUGCUAGAACGGAUUUCCUCUUAGAAGCUUUGCACUAGUUCAGUCCAGUUUCAAGCGAAUCCUGCAGUGGGUGACUUGCUGUGAGACCGCCAGAGUCCAACUGUUGGGAUGGCUGGGAUUCACUGAUGUAACCCUGCCAUAGGGAUUUGUGAUUUGCCUGAAAUUCACCUCUCAAGCUGCUCAGCUAUUGCACUUGUUUUCCUCCAGUGCCUUUUAUUGUGACGAUGUCCAAAAGCACUUAGGCAGACAGAGCACUACAUGAAUGACACUGUGGUAACGGGGAUCCACCAUACCUGCCUGAGAUGGGAGAACCCUUACACACAAAUUCUGUGAUGAAAGCACUGUUUCCUUGAGUUCCUAGACAGUUGUAUUCUCAGGAUGCUCAUCCAGAGCUGCGUAGCAUCAUCUUAAAACAUAACUGAAUGUUUUACAGUUGGUUCUGGAAUUGACUGGUUUUUAAUUUGUGCUUAAGCUGUUAUUGUGAUGCAGAACAGUAAUUCUCUCUGUUGUCUGGGUGGAUCUUUUGCAGCUGCUGUAAUCUGGAAGCAUGUGAGCACAAAGUGCAUAAAGUGUGUGGCUUCCUUUGUAAGGAUGGAACAUUAAAUACUUUGUUGUGCUCUUGUCUGGCUGCAGUUUCUCAUUUCUUCCCUCCCAGUGGGGGCUGCUGCAGCCCAGCGGGAACGGGAGCAGGAGCUGGUUCCUGGGAGCAACCAGCAGGUCGAGCUGUCCCAGCCUCUCUGCAGCAUGGGGAUGCAUUGGGUAUCGUUGCUGGGACCUGCACAAAACAGUCACAGCCACGGCUGUUUGUCUUGAGCCACAAAUCCAUGGUGAAAGAUUUCAGGCUUUGUAUUCAGCCAGGCCACACAGUGCUGCAGAAAAUGCAUACGAACUGCUCAUUCUGCAUUUCCUGUGGCUGUUUUCCAUUUUCAGCAUUCUGGCUGCAUUGCUCUCCGGUAAAAGCUGCAGUAGCUUCAAGCCCUGAGUGGUCUUCCCCUGUCCAACAUUUGAGAGUUGAGAGAAAAAACGUGCAGUCUGCGCGACGCAUUCAGCAAGCUCUUGAAAACUGUGAGGUGGUUUAAUCUCCUUUUCCAUGAAUUUUCCUACUGAUUUUUAUCCUCAGCGGCAAGCAGCACUUUAGCAGGGGCUUGGAGCUGCGCUGCUCUAUCACCCUGACGUGAACGGGGAAUAAGCGCGAUUCUCACCUGGAACUCGGCGAGACGCCGCGGGGCCGAGGGGCUGCUGCUAGCACAUCUGUUGCCCUGAUUCUUGCUAUUGGAGGAAGCUAGUCAUGGGGGAAACGGGCAAAGAAGAGUAUAAAAUACAGUCAUUUGACAUUGAGACUCAGAAGCUGCUGAAAACAGCACUCAAAGACCCCAGCAAUGUGGACCUGGACAAAGUGGCCAAUAUUAUAGUUGACCAGUCCCUCAAAGACUGUGUGUUCAGCAAGGAGGCAGGGCGCAUCUGCUACACCAUCAUCCAGGCAGAGAGCAAACAAGUCGGCCAGAGCAUCUUCCGGAGGAGCCUGCUGAACCGGCUGCAGCAGGAGUAUAAGGACAGAGAAGAUCUGCGCAACCGUUCACUGCAGGCAUGGAUCUGCUAUGUCACAUUCAUCUGUAACAUCUUUGACUACCUGAAGGUGAACAACAUGCCCAUGAUGGCUCUGGUGAACCCUGUUUACGACUGUCUAUUCCGACUAGCACAGCAUGAUAGCCUACAGAAGGAGGAAGAGGUGGACUGCUUGGUCCUACAGCUCCAUCGCAUUGGCGAACAGCUGGAGAAGAUGAACUCCCAGCGGAUGGACGAGCUCUUCUCCCUCCUUCGAGACGGCUUCCUUUUACAGGAGGGGCUCAGCUCCCUGUCCCAGCUCCUGCUUCUGGAGAUCAUUGAGUUUCGGGCUGCUGACUGGAAGAUGACGGAUGCUGCCCAGAAAUACUAUUAUAGCGAAGUGACAGAUUAACCCCUCUGCUGCAGAGGUGGAGAGAUGUCCCCUGCGCUUUCACCAGCAAGCUUCAUACCAAGUUUGAAUUUUUUUUUUUCGCACACUGAUGUUUUUCUAGCACUUACCAUAAAUAGCAUUUAUACUGGCUAGCGCCUCUCAGCAUAUAACUAUCAGUCUGCAACCGGUGCUAGUCUGAUUUUGGAUGUUUAGAGAGGUGGGCACAUUUAAACCAGCAAGUUCUUCCACUCAUUUUGUUUAAUGAUAGGCUGCUGCCAGCAAAAGGCAAGGAAGGCUUCUAGCUCAAACCAGCAUUUUAUACAAGCGUUAAGGAAAGCACAGUUUAGACUGAGAGCAUUUUGGUUCACUCAAGAGUCAACAUUGCUGAGGGAGGCAGAGGGAAAAUAUUUCACAGCUCACGGUCCCAAACCAGGUUGUUUAGGAAAAGUUACAGAAAAUACUGUCGUCAGAUGCAUCACAAACAGCUCACCAAAGUGCUACUUUUCACUGACUACUUCCAGCAGACUAGCAGUAUCCGCGUGGGUAUAUGACUGUGGCUCACUAGCUACCAAUAUCUGCCACAGGGCAGCUUGCAGCAGGACAAAGGUUCUCAAGCACAUGUAGGUAGAAACAGGUUUUAUAUGUUUAAUACAGUAACUGUUUUGUUUUUUUUCAAAAUUUGAGUUUUAACUGUGGUAUGUUUCUUAUGAGAAUAAGAAUGGGAGAGGAAGAAAGAAAACAAAAUAGUCUACUGGGUGUUUUUUUGUAAUAAAAGUUUUCCACUAA